GGAUCAAUCAGAGAAUUUGGAGAAGGUUAGAAACACUGCGUGAUCUUACGAGGAAAACCGGUCCUGAGAAUAAUCACGAGAUCACCCGUCACAUACCAAAACCUGUUUUUCACAUGAAUGGGAAGUCAAAACUCACUUCGCAAAGGCAUCAGAUGCAAGAAGUUAUCACACCACAGCAUGAGGAACUUAUAAAAUUUGUUUAUGAAUCAUGGAAUCAAGUCAACAUACGACAAACAAAUGAAUGUUGUGAUGGCACAGAAUGUACACAACUUUGCAAUCCUAAUUCAAUAGUAUAUUACGAUGGUGAGCCAAAUGAUAGUCUUCAAGAUUUUAAACCAUUUGAUUUAGAAUCUUGGUGGGGUGCAGUGCUAGAUAGUAUACAACAGCAGCUGUGACAUACAAAAUAACCAGUGUCACUUUCGGAGUGUAAUUUAAACCUGAUCAGGUCUGAAGUUAUUAUAAUGUCGAAUAUAACGUUCAAGAGUGAACUCGAUAUAUAUAUAUCGACUUCUAUCAAAUUAUUAAGAAAGGUCAUUGAAAUUACACGCAUAAAUAACGUCACAAAGUCACUAGGCAGUAAUAUAAAAUUCGAACAUACGUGACAGCUUCAAACGUGCACGCGUGUGCUAGAGUAGU